GCGGCUAAGCCGGGCGCGCGGGGCCGGUCGCGCUGUCUCGCGAGCGGCGCGGGGAACGGAGCUGCGGCCGGAGUCCGGCAGAGCGCGGCCGCUCUGAACCGUCUGUGGCACAUGCGUGGCCCCUUCAGGCGGCACGGGACAGGCCCAUCGACGGGACCGGUGGACUGGUGGUCAUCGUGUCAACACCCAGGUCCCCAAAAGGAAAAAGAGGCAUGGAAGGCGAGGGCAGUAUGGGGCGUGGUGAAUAUCCACUGGCUCAGGUGGCGGCUCCCAGCUGGACCAAAAUACCUCGCUCCUAAAUUGGGAACAGCCGGUGGCCAGUAUAAGAGCCAGAGUCGGGGAGAAUCACGGGCUGGAGCCUGCGCUCGCCUGCUGUCGCCUGCGGCCGUCCCCAGGUGGGAUCGUUUGUCGAGGGAAGGAGGCCGGCUUGCUUCUGUGAGAUCGCACUGCUCAGCGGGUAACUGGCGGGGGCAGCAGUGACCAGAUGGCCCCGUGCACGCUGCACACGUGGAGACAGGACCACCUGUGAGUCCAUGCCGGCCUCAGACACCCGGGACUGAACAGGGCACAGCAGCGCCGAGCGUGGACACUUGCCGUUUCCUCUCUGCAUUGAAGACCAGAGGACCAUGGAUGUCAUAGAGACGGCAAAGCUGGAAGAACAUUUGGAGAACCGACCCAGCAAUGCUCCGAGCACCUACCCAGGGCCCGUGGAGCCCGCUGAGGACAGCAAGGAUGACACGGAGAAGCCCACGGACGCGGCGGGCGGGCUGCGGAAGGGCCGCCGGAAGUUUCCUGACUACAUCCAGAUUGCCAUUGCCACUGAGGCCGGGAGCAGGUUCCCCCUGGAGUGGUGGAAGACCGGCGUGGCCCUGGUAUACGCGCUCUUCAGCCUGGUGCUGACCACAGUCAUGAUCACCGUGGUGCACGAGCGGGUGCCCCCCAAGGAGCUCAGCCCCCCACUCCCAGACAAGUUCUUCGACUACAUUGACCGUGUGAAAUGGGCGUUUUUUGUGUCCGAAGUGAAUGGGAUCGUGUUGCUUGUACUGUGGAUCACCCAGUGGCUGUUUCUGAGAUACAAGUCCAUCGUGGGACGCAGAUUCUUCUUCCUCCUGGGAACGCUGUACCUGUACCGCUGCGUCACCAUGUACGUGACCACGCUGCCUGUGCCCGGCAUGCACAUUCAGUGCGCCCCCAAGCUGAACGGGGACUCGCAGGCCAAAAUACAGCGGAUCCUGCGGCUGAUCUCGGGCGGCGGGCUGUCCAUCACAGGUUCGCACAUGCUGUGCGGGGACUUCCUCUUCAGCGGCCACACGGUGACCAUGACGCUGCUUUACCUGUUCAUCAAAGAGUACUCCCCGCGCCACUUCUGGUGGUAUCACCUGGUCUGCUGGCUGCUGAGCGCUGCCGGCAUCCUCUGCAUCCUCGUGGCGCACGAGCACUACACGGUGGACGUGAUCGUUGCCUAUUACAUCACCACGAGGCUGUUCUGGUGGUACCACUCCAUGGCCAACGAGAAGAACCUGAAGGUCUCCUCACACACGAACUUCCUGUCCCGAGCCUGGUGGUUUCCUGUCUUCCAUUUCUUUGAGAAGAACAUCCAGGGCUCAGUCCCUUGCGCUUUCUCCUGGCCGCUGUCCUGGCCUCCCGGCUGCUUCAAGUCGUCGUGCAAAAAGUACUCCCGGGUGCAGAAGUCGGGCGAGGACAGUGAGAAGUCCACCUGAGCCACGGCCGUGCUCCACGCUGCAGCCAAAGACAGCUCCGUCCUUAUGCUGGAGAACUGACUGGAGGCGGAGAAGCCGUCCACACUGCAGGCUCGGGGGGAGAUGAGGGCGUAUUGAUUACCUCGAGAGGUCUCUGUCCCUCCUGAGGCCUGCCUCACUGGUGAUGGGACCUCAGCGGGCUGUACGGUGAGCUUGUUAAAGAGGUGCCAAAGACCCCAGACUCCUCUUUCUUCCCUGUCACUGAGCCCCACCUCUGCACUCCUUCAGGGCGUCCUCCUCCCGGGGUCAGCGGGAUUUGUUCAUGUUUUGAAUAAAAGAUCCGGGUCUAUGCAGCCACCGGGCACAGGGAAUCCCCCUGAGGAGAGGGGUCCUGGCCGGGACUGGGAGCUGAGUCCAAGUGCACUUUCUUUCCAACCUGGCGCGGGGAGGAAGGUCGCAGUGGGUCCCCCCGGUGCCCUCGCUGCCACUUUGACUCUUUUCUGUUUUUUAUUUCUUUCAAAUGAAUCAUUUUGAAGAAAAAGAUCCAAAGAAAUCUGAAAGUAUUUAAUCUAUCCAUGGAUUUAAAUGUGCGUUCAUAUUUCAAUUUAAAAUCUUUAGGAUGUCCGGGUGUGGGGGUGCAUGCCUGUAAUCUCAGCACUCAGGGGGCUGAGGCAGGAGGGUCACUGCAAGUUCGAGGCUAGCCUGAACGAUAUAGCGAGCCCCUGUCUCAAAAAACCAAAACAGAAGUAAAUGAAUCUGGUUCACCAGAAGUACGAGGCUGUUUCACACACACAGCUGGAUGCUGCUGCCCGGGGCAUUUGCCUCCGGCUGGCACAGGCGGCAGCACCUGGUGCUGAGCACUCACACCAGGGACGAGAGAGCUGGCUGACCUCGGGGUGGGAUGCCUGGCUAGACCUCGGAAGGACCCGUGUGGGCUGCUUCCCUGCACACUGUUCCUCGCUGGCCACCCUGGGUGCUGCAGGCCGAGUGGAGUCGCAGGUUGAAGGUGUCCUGGCCAGUGGCUUCCCGGGCAGCCGCUGCAUGGGCGCCUUUCCCGGGUGGGGAGGCCGAAAGUGGACAACUGUUCCCGAAUGUCUGUCCAGAGAUGCCAAACAGAAGGUGGCUUUGAGGAUCUGGUCAGAUAGUACUGUCAGUUUCCUGCAUUACUCAGUGCGAUUGAAAUUUGUGGCUAAUUUCUGGCUUAAUGCCUUCACUCUGUGAACACUAAUUUCUAGGACUUGGGAGGUGAAAUUUCCCUAGAUUUAUCAUUACAAGCCUCUCAGCCUUGAUGACACAAGUUGACUUUUUUUGCUUGCAAAAGGCACUAAACAGAUCUAUCCAGAAGGGUCAUUUUCCUUUGGUGCUAAAAUUCUGUCUGUCCCAAUGGCUCUUUCUCCACAUAAUAGAAGAAUCCCUCAAGGGAGGGUGGUUGAAUUCAAAGGCAGGAAGAAAAACUCUCCAAUCCGUUAUUUUAAACGAGAAAAGAAACCUUCACCAUCUGUGGCUGACUUUGAAACCCAAGGAUUUUCCAAUGUUUUUAAAUAAAGCACUAAUCAACAUGUGUCUACCCUAGCUGGUAUGUUCAGGCCUAAUUCUAUAGAAUUUCCACCUCUGUGCAUUUACCCGAUGUUGACUCUUGUGGUAGAACAAGAUGUUCUGCUUGAAAACACUAAUUUCAGAUUCCUGUUGUCUGACUAAGGAAAUUCAUUGGACCUUGAAGCCCUGCGUCUGUAGCUCAAAACAAUCCACUGGACUUCAGGGUGUCCAGGUGACCCACUUUCCUGCCAUCGGGUGAGGGAAAGUGCUUAAGCUUUAAAGACCAUUGUGUAUUGAGGAUCAGACUCCCUCCAAAUGGGCAGCCUUGCACUGCAGCCAGCUCAUCCAGGGACAGGUAUAACCGUCUGCUCCUAAAGGGCCCGGGAACCCCGAGACCCUCCUGUGGGGCACAGCGGUCUGUGCCCCUGGUCUUGUGUCCUGGCUCUCUCUCACAGAUGCUGACGAAGAGGGUGGCGGGAUAAUAAAAGAGGAAAAUGUCCAGGUUUCAAGCAGAAGAAGAAAUGAGACUCAUUUACAUGUAGGAGAACAAACUUGAGAUUUAACCCCACGAGCCACUUUGGCAUGGAAAAAACCAAUUACAAUGUUGCCUUUGAAGCAGUAAAUUUUCAUGAUGCCUUUUCCUUGCCAAUUAAAAUACAGCUGUUACACGUGACCUAUGUUUUUGUAAUCUGUGCUCCUAGCGAAUCCUUUGAAAUGUCUGACACAUAAUGCUUAUAAAUUAAGCCACAUUUUUUUCCUGAACUCUUCCCAGUAGAAAUAAGUGCUCUCAGAUUCAAUUAUAUUUUAGCUCCUUCAUGAGAUUUAAGAAGAAAGUGUUCUUCUGCCAGUCCCGCCUGAAUUCAAUGUGAAUUUAUGGUUUAAUUUAGGGCGUCUUGGGAAACAGCCGUUGCUAUGGAAGGGAGCUUGGCGCUCCGGUUCUUGGGCGUGUUCUCAGAGCCCCCUUGUGGCAGGAUGUCACGCAGCUUGGGACACAAAUGCCACUUCGUAAAAUACGUGUUCAGGUUUCAAAAAGGCAUUUGUGUUUCUUUCCCUUUGUGUAUUCGCUUGAUUUGCCUGUGAUCCUGGGGAAGGAAUUAUUUUAAAGACAUUUUAAACCCUUCUCAAAGGGGAAAUGUUCUCGGAUGGUAGUGACUUGUGAUUCUGGCCUUUUAUCCGUUCGAUGAAGGAAAACGUGCCUACCGUGGUUACCUCUCAGGGUCUCAAUAAUUGAUGCCUCCUUAUGCCCACCGACACCUGUUUGCUGGGAAUCCCUGCCAGCUGUCUUUCUUACUGUUUUUUUUUUUAAUUUACAUGCUAGACGUCAUAGACUUUGUUUUUAAACCGAAAAUUCACAUCUUGUUCCUUGAAUAUGUUGAACAUUUCUUUUUUCUUUUGGCAUAAUUUUUGUUUUGUACUGUAAACUGAUUAAAGAUUUGAAGCUGGUCUUAACACCCUCACUUCUAUAGUGUAAAAGAGGUGUGAGGAGGAAUUUCUUAAUGAGUUUACAUGUUUAAAUCAAGCAGAUUAUAAUUUAUAUGCCACAUAUUCUGUUUGUAUAAAGAGCUGCUGGUAUUUUUGCUUUUAAUGUCAUUAUGUUGCAAUAAUUUAACUCCUUUGACUCCACUGGUAAAAAUAUUUCCUUUAUUAUGAAGUGCUCUUGUCUUCAAUAUCCAGACACUGAAAAUCGUGUCAAAUGUACCCAAAGAGGAGUUUUUAUACAGGUAGACACCUUAUAAGUCCAGGUUUGUUUUAUUAUUCAUUAAUCUAACUUUGUGUCCUAAGUGAAUCAUUAAGGAGAAGAGCACUUUACUAUGGAAUUAUUUUUAAUUGCCCUUUAGAAGAAGCUGUACACAUAAGCCAGUCUUGCUUCCAAGUUGGAACUCACUAUGUAAUUUACCUCCUCUGCGAUAAUGGAUCCAGAACAUACGGCUGGGGUACAGCAUAUUCACAAAAGAAAUAUUGUCACAAAGUUAGCGGGCCGGGGGGCAAUUACUUUGUUUUGGAAACUUACUGUACUGUUUCAAUGUGUUAAGUGCCUUGUUAUGAAGUAAAAUUUUAAGUUUAGGAUUCAUUAUUUUCCUGACAUAUAUUUUCAUUAAGAUAUGUGCUGUAUGUUAUUGUAAUAGUUUUAUUAAAUGCUUACCUUUUAACCAAAUAUGUACAUUUCCGAAACUCCUUUCCUCCUGCCCACAGCACCUUGCAUUCAGGUUAUUGUUGUUAAAGGAAAUUACCCUUGUUUAGCACUAUAGUGUCCUUGCUUGUGCUUUUGCUUCUGGGAAGACAUUUCAGGAGGAAACUAGGGGUCUAACUAGUUUAUACUUUUGCAGUGCUGUCUUACAUUUACAUUUUAAGUGCCUAAAUGUUAAAACUAAUUUACAUUUCUAUUUGAAAGAGGAUAUGUGUACUUGGUUUUUAAUCUUUUUCGUUUUGCUUUUAAAAAAAACCAAACCUGCAAGAGCCUAUACUUUGUAUUUACCAAUAAACCACAGUGACACUAACAGCCUUUUCAAAA